CCGCAUACGUCGGCGGCAAAAUAAAACAAUUGUCAAGAAAGUGUCACUGUCAAUUCCCAUCAGACACUGUCAACAAAGUAUAAAUAAAUAAAUGUUUGCCUCCUGUUUAUUUAUCGUUACAGGAUAACACAUAGAAAAGGAAGAAUUAUAGCUGCACUGGUGCAUCGGGCACAAUGAAGACUGCAGUCACAGUCCUGCAGGAAAUGAUGAUAAAGCUUGGUCUCUGUCCCGAAUAUGAAUGCAUUGCUCAGUCGGGGCCCCAGCACCAAGCGACGUUCGAGUACCGCUGCUCGGCGCACGGGCACACGGUGACGGCGACGGCGCGCUCCAAGAAGGAGGCGAAGCAGGAGGCGGCGCGCGUGCUGCUGCUGCGCCUGGCGGAGCACGGCCUGUCCGUGCCCGCGCCCUUCAGUUGCGGCGCCGCCCCGCCGCCCACGGGCAUGGCGGCCGUCGGCGCGGUGAGCGAGGCCGCGGGCGGCACGGCGGCUCGCAGCUACGUGGCGCUGCUGAGCGAGUUGUGCGAGGAGUACCGGCUGCCGGCGGCGCAGUACGAGCUGACGGCGGACACGGGCCCGCCGCACGCGCGCCACUUCACGGUCAGCGCGCGCCUCGGCCUGCACGAGCGCCGCGCCACCUCCACCACCAAGAAGUCCGCCAGGCAGCUCGCCGCCGAGCAGCUCUACACCUAUCUCAGAGAAAACCUUUCUCGGCUCACUAAAGAUUUCGUCGAGGAGGAGGCGCUGGCGCGCGCGCACGAGCGGGCCAUGGAGCGCUACGUGGAGCGGCGCGAGGAGCUGGGCUGGCGGCCGCACCUGGGCCAGCGCAUCGCCGACUACCACCUGGGCCUGCUGACGCACGUCGAGGCGGGCAAGCGGGAGGCUGCGCUGGCGGUGAUGGAGGCGAGCGAGGGGGGCGAGGGGGGCUACGAGCGGGGCGCGGCGCUACGCGAGGCGGCGCUCGCGCUCGGUCUGGGCCUCGAGCUGCACCAGCUGCCGGCCGAGAGCGGGCAGCUCGCGCUGGUCUCGCUGGCGCCCACCGCGCCGCCGCUGGCCAUGGCCGGCUCGGACCCCGAGGCCGCCGCGGCCGCCGCUUUGCGCUUCCUGCGUCGCGCCCUCGCCCCGGCCCGUCCCUAGCCUCCUGCGGCUUGCCCUUCUCACUGUGCAGCCCUCUUUAUCACACAUCGUCCAUAUAUUUUUUAAUAUUAUUCACCACAACAGCUAGAGGUUUUGAAACAAAAAAAUGAAGAGAACAUGGAGCUACAUUUGGUGCGCUGAAGACACACUACUCUCACUUCUUCCACAUUCACACAUACAUACGUUACGGGUGCUCUUAAUAACGCCCUUCGUCAGUACUUCGCCAAUCUAAACGGUAGAAGUUCGUCAGGAACCGCCCUGAUUGCUUCACUGCCGCCAUUUCAAGUUUAAAGCCAUUAGUUUCCUUUGUUAAUUUCCUUAUAUUCAUCCUUUCAACGUAUGCAAAUCAUCUGAGCACAUGUUUUUCAACUGCAUCCACAACGUACACAUUCCACCAGCAGUGUUAUAGCAGUGUUUGUAAUCCUAUCAUUCAGUCAUUCCUAUCGGCACUUUCACAUACUUCUCAAACAUCUCAUUUCCACUGUAUUCAUUUUACUCGCAUCCCAAUCCUGACAAACUCAACACUUACACCAAGUGCUUACGCACAUCACACAUCAGAACGCCACACAGGAUUGCUCCUCAUACAAUUUUUACAAAAUUUGAUUGAUAAGUGUAUAAACAUUUAGUGAAUUUGUAUAAUACUAGCUGGGCCGCAUGUUGCAUUGCAUUGCAUUGCAUUGCAUAAAUAAA